CAGGCCUUCUUCAAAAGUAAAUUUUAGCCAUUCUGUUGUCUUUUUUCCUUUAAAAAUCAGGACGUCUUAGAGUAUGUGUGUAGCUGUAAGCCACAUCAAACAGUGGCAGCUCAAUGGUCUUCUCAACCAUGCUGUGCUUGUAUCAUACGUGUACCCAAACCAAGCCAGCGCCAUGUUGGUGAGAGCUGAGAACCAGCCCUCCUUCCAGGAAAGGGAUGAGAACACCCAUGUUGGGCUUCUGGUGCAAGCAGUAACACACCUCAGCUAAGUAUUUACAUGGGUUUAACCUGUGUGUCUGCGCUCAGGUCCUUUCAUUAGCUGCAGCAGAGAAGUGAUUGCAGUGAUGUGGUGCCUUGCAGUACUUCUUCCUGUUUGUAGUGCUCUGACUUGUUUAGAAGUAUAACAGCAGUGCUGGUCACUGAAGUCCAGGGUUUGCAUGAAGAAAGCAGAACCACAUGGCAGUCCUGCAGCCAGGUGUUCUCUGUGUUGAAGUUUCUGACCUGAUAUAUUUUCCAGUCUUCUAAUUCCAUUUCUGUACAUUACAUGGAGAGUAAUAGCAAACAAAUCUGUGUUCUGAGAAACUAUGAGUUGGCUGUGAGGAGUGCUAGCAGCAGUCAGAAAUUAAUUGCUUCUCUCCUACGUGACUAGUGAAGACUUGCAUUGUUAGUGUUAUACUUUCAAGUUUAAAAUUUACAUGUUUCAUUUACAGCUGAUUUACAAAGACUUGGGCACAGUAAAAAAGAAAAGCCACUACUACCACAGCAGCCAUAGGAAAACAGUCCUAAACUCUGCUUUAGCUUGUAUGAGCAGAGCUUUAUUCUUACUUUCUAAGCACUGGUAUGAUGAUAUAGAAUCGGUCAUCAGCCAUCCUGGAAGUCUGCACUUCUUCAACUUUCCUGAAACUGAAUUUCUUUCCUUCUGUAUUUCUUACGUUGUUCCAAUUGACAAGUGACAGUGCUUUUGUUCCUGAAACUUGAAGUCAAAACAUCCGCAACUCAUUAACCUGCAUCUCGAGUGGGAUGUGGAAGUGAAGUAGCCUGUACUUGUGCUUUUCUGAUGUAGGACUUGGAGCUUGCCUUUUAAAUUGUUUGCAGUUAUACUGCGCAGUAUUUAAUGGAUGAUGGUUUUCACAUCUACCUUUAUGAGAAGCUGUUGAUGUGGGAAGCGUGUUCUAAAAGUAUCUUAGCUUGGUUACAGCAUUAAUAACUUCCAAACCCCACACCUGUCCUGUAUGCUGAUAGGCAUUGUUUCCGCACUGAAACGUGGUACAUCUGAAAUUAACAGAUGUUAAUUGGCGCUCAGCGUUCGUCACGAGUGGUGAUAAAGCUGUUAGGGCAGAACUCGGCUUUGAAGUCUUGGGGGAACAGCAGUGUGAUCACAGUGUCUUACAGCCACGUGUGCAGUGACUGAGUUGGUUGCUGUCUUUUCUUUUGCUGUCUUCCUUUCUUUAUCUGCCCUUAAGAAUGGAGAAUAACCAGUUGAGAUUUUCUUUUAGGUUUAUUCUGUUUUUAGGGAGCUGUGUCUUUGUAUCAGAUAAUUCAUUCCAUGCUGACUGUAACCGUCAUGUUCUCUUCAUUUGAGCAUGUGGGAUAUCUUGUGCCACUUCUUGUGCUUCAUCUCAGUGUCUCAAGACAAGUGCUAUGUACAAAUUCAUUGUUCCUGCUGAUGGGGACAGAACUUCAUCCCCAAGCAAAUUCUUUAAAUUCAUUAUUGCAAACACUCAGCAGGUUAGAACGCAGGAAGAACUUCAUACCAAGGGUGUUGACAUCGUAAUGAGAGAGGACGUAUUUUUGUGAGGAAGGUGGUAUGAUUCAAGCAGCAAGAAAGCAUUCCAGACAGCACACUAGUCAAAGUGGACAGAUAGGAAGAGGAGCGCUGGGAGGACUCUUACUGGGGAAUUGAAGCCUGUGUGGGCACGUGUUGCCUACAACUGAGCUGCAGGGGAUGAACAACUCAAAGAAGGAAAGGCUUCUGCUAAAGAGUUAGGUUGUUACCUUCUAGAAGUUUUAUGUUUAUUUCCUGGGUGUGGGAGGAAGGAAAAGUCAGUAAAAAAAAAAGCACUAAUGACAAAUUCAAGCUUAAUUGUUUCUGGUAAUACAGUUUUAACAACAAAAUACUUCUAAAUUUUUAUAUUGUGCAGCUUGUUUAGUAUAGCCUUAAGCAUUGCAGGUCUUUUGAGAAUCAGUCUGUGGUUAUUAUCAGAUCAGGAGAAGAGAAAUUGACAUUUUCCAUAGUAGUUGAUUCUACUGAAUAGUAAGCAUACUUGUUUCUUUUUAUCCAUGUAGGAAUAAACUGUCUCUCUAGCUUGAUUAGCAGUGUGAUUGUAUUCCAACUCUGUACUUACUGGGUUUUACCUUAAUUGCUUCUUUACAUUUAAAAAUACAAUUCAAUUUCCUGUUUUCAUGCUUUUCCUAUCACUGCUAAGUUUACCUGUUCCUGUCAGUCUUCAGAGCCAACACAGCCAAGAUUUUCAACUGGAUUGGAUUUGUAUCAUAGCAGAAUGGUUUAUUAUGUUCUGUUGUUGGGGAUGCCCUGUUGCUGGUGAUGGGUGAGCCUGAAAAAACCACAGAUCGACUUGCACAUCUCUGGCUGCUGUUUAGCCUGCAGUCCAGAAGACAAGGGGUUCUGGCUGAUCAGGAGUAACUAUUAACAACUCAAGUUGGCUGGAGAAUGGAAGGUGUUGAGUUUAAGGAAGAAUGGCAAGAUGAAGAUUUUCCAAGGCCCCUACCAGAGGAUGAUCCUGUUGACUCAGAUAUAUUGGCUGCAGCAGGAACAGAAGGUGAAACUGCAGUUAAUGGAACCAAAGUGAGGAAGAAACUUACAGCUCCAGAUAUUAGCUUAAAUUUAGAUCGCAGCGAGGAGUCUGUUUUGUCUGACUUGGAUGAGAGCGGAGACAUUGAUUUGGAUGACUUAGAUACUCCUUCAGAGAAUAGCAAUGAGUUUGAAUGGGAAGAUGAUCUUCCAAAGCCAAAAACUACUGAUGUAAUUAGAAAAGGAUCACUUACUGAAUAUACAGCAGCAGAGGAGAAAGAGGAUGGUCGACGCUGGCGUAUGUUUAGGAUUGGCGAACAGGACCAUAGGGUGGACAUGAAGGCAAUCGAACCGUAUAAAAAAGUUAUCAGUCAUGGUGGUUAUUAUGGUGAUGGGUUAAAUGCCAUCGUUGUGUUUGCUGUUUGUUUUAUGCCUGAAAGCAGCCAGCCUAACUACAGAUACCUAAUGGACAAUCUAUUUAAGUAUGUAAUUGGCACUUUAGAGCUACUAGUAGCAGAGAAUUAUAUGAUAGUGUACCUGAAUGGUGCAACAACACGGAGAAAAAUGCCAAGCAUAGGCUGGCUUAGGAAGUGUUACCAGCAAAUUGACAGACGGUUAAGGAAAAAUCUGAAGUCAUUAAUCAUAGUUCAUCCUUCUUGGUUCAUCAGAACGCUUCUGGCCAUCACAAAACCUUUUAUUAGCUCAAAAUUCAGCCAGAAAAUUAGGUAUGUCUUUACUCUGGCAGAACUAGCUGAACUCAUCCCCAUGGAAUACGUUGGCAUCCCAGAAUGCAUAAAACAAGUUGACCAAGAGCUGAAUGGAAAACAAGAGCAGAAAAGUGAACAGUAAGUUGAGAGACAGAACAAGACUGAAGAAUAUACGGAUGGAUUUAUGCUAUUUUCUUCAUUUAUGAUGCAUUCUUGUGUGUAUAUAUAACAUAACUUGUUGCAAGAGGUGCUUAACUUUAGACUGGCACACAAUGGACUCUUCACUGCUGUAUUGGUUUGUCUUGAUUUGAGUAGCUACCUUUGUGUAAUCCUUUUAUACGGCCAAAUGUCAAAGAACCCCAUGUUUAGAGGAUGUUCUUACAAUUGUUUAUCUAAAUGAUGCAUGUUCUUCAGUAAAAUAUUUAUAUAUCUAAAUGCUAAAGGAAAGAUAAUAUAUAUUUUUAUGACUUUGAGCAAUACGUUGUGUACCUGCUGAAGGAAUUCAUUUGCAGGUAGGCGAGGCCAUAAACUACUUGUUAUUGUAUAAAGCGCGUGAUCUGUUUUUGCUCUAAAUGGUCAAGUGCAUUUCUUGGUUGUCAGAGAAACCUUAAUUUGUUUGAAAAUUAACAAUCACAUAACGUAGUCUACUAUAUGCGUGGAGAUGCUUAUUUCUGUUCACACCUAAUACAAGCAGUACUCAUUUACCUCACUAGAGUGAGCUUGAGCUUUGUCUUGUAGUCCACUUCUCAGAACACAGAUCUGGAGUUCUCUGAAUUCCUGUCUGUUGGCCAGAGGGUUUAAGCCUCAGCUGCAGUGGAAACUAAACUGUGUAAGUGACUGAUAUCAGACCUGUGUAAAUUUAAGCUGCAAAUUUCAGAUUCUGCUUCAGUAAAUGAAGGCUAGUUCAGCUACAAGGAUGAAAUGAGUUUGUUCUGGGUUGUGUGGUUUUUUUUUUUUUUUUUUUUUUUUGUGGAUAAAUAUCAGUUAUCACCAGUAAUUCUGGUUAUUUUUCAGUAGAGCUUGAGAGUGGCAUAAAUAUUUUACCCAUAAUAUCACUUGUGUGCAGAGAUUGGGGGACUCUUACUAUUACUGUGUCAUCCUUGUAAAUCAGCAUCCAUUUCUAAAGCUCUUGGCUUGGCACCUGAUAGUAGUAUUAACUUCACCAAAAAAAAAAAAAAACAAACAACAAUAUAAAAGGUUUCCUCCUUAUCCCAUAAGGGUAGUAAAGUUGCCUAUACAAAAAGCGUUCUUGGAUUCCAGGGCAACAGUUAGGCACUGACUGAUAGCCUGUAAAAGUUUGUGAAGUGUCUUGAGCAUUGCUGUUUUCCUGUAAGGACAGAUGCACACAAAUGAAUCCAUUCAGGAGCUGAGCAAUUAAAUGUUUUAGCAAAUACUCAAUCUUCAGAUAUUUUUAUAUGCUUGUGAUUUUGUCUUUAAAAUGUCAAUUUCAUUUAGUGUUCUACGUUUGUCUUGAACUUCAAAAAAAAAAAAAAAAUGCAUUCAACUAGAUUAAUACCUGGCAUGGAUUAGUGGCAGUUUAGCUAGUUCCAUGGUCAACAUUUAUUAAUGGCCACUUCAUGUAGAAUCUCUAAUGAUACACAUAAUGGUCCGGGAACAGAUACUCAUGUCAGAUAAAGAUGAACUGCCCAUGUCUCUGGGAGUUUGUCUGUGAUUCAGAGGCUUUCAUCUCAAGGUCUUGGUACUUAUGCUACCUUCUGUACUGUGGUUUCAAAGAGAUUAAUAUGUAGGAUGUUCUCUUUCAGGUAAUAUUGAUUUCAAAUUGCCUUGAAUCUAUUACAUCAUGUUUGGAUCCUGCUUUGAAAGCAGAACACAAAUGUGAACGUUUCAUUUUAAGGUUUUUUUCCUCUUCCAAAUUUGAUGUUGACCUGGAUUAAAGUUAGUGAAGUGGACACUUUCACAAUUUGUUUAAUGCUUCCACAAUGCAACACAUAUGAACAGACAAACCUGGAAACCAUCCCAGUCUUUGCUGAUUCUGUGUGAGUCCUAGGGUAGAUGCUAAGCAUUCCAAUCCACUCAUCUUGUUUCAAAUUCUUCCUAGUUCAAAGAAGUAUUCUUCUCAGUAAAGUCGUGUUUAUAAUGGAACAACUGAACUUCUGUGAGUACCUGUCCCUUCCCUCCUAUGUAUAUAGCAUCCUUUAGAGUAGACAGUCCUCUGUUUAGGGUGAAUUCUCAAAUGAUAAGAUUAUUGGUUGUUUUUUUUUUUUUCUUCUGGUGGCUGAGUGGUUCUGCAGUUUCAUGUUGCAGUAGUUCUAUUUCUUUUGGAAAAACUUUCCUAAAAGUCUGUUUCUUUAGUAUUAGUUUUUGUGAAUGAAUACACUGUAAAACAGUUGUUCUGUCCUGAAAAUAUACACAGCAUGAGAAUCUUGUGUACUAAAGAACGAUUCUCCUCUGACCUUUUCCAGCUCAUCAUUUAAUGAUGAGGGGGAUGUUUACAAAAAGCAGAGGUCCCAAAGUUAUCCUGAACUCGAAUUAACUUGUCAACUUUAUAUUUUUAAAUAUAUAGAAUAAUUUAAUAUAUUUUAAUAUUUAAAAACGUUAGAGUUAGAAUUUCAUACUUUAUUAAAGUUAUUUCUUUCUGAAUUGCUUUGUGAAAAGUAACAGUAUUACAGGGGGUUCACCUUAUGCACUUCUUCCUAGAGGUAGAAUUUGUGUUGCUGGAAUAUGUUUUGAGCUCUGCUGAUAGAAGUUGGAGUCACUAAUUCACCUUCAGUUUGGAGGUUUCAUGAGUUUGUGUGUAUGUAUAUAUACAUGCUAAUGGAUACCUUGUUAUUGCUGUGUGACACUGAAAUGGAGUUGUUUGAAAUGGUGAUCUCUGUAUGUGUGGAUGUGAGGUUGUAUAAAACGAGUUUUACAACGGGAGAAACAUUCAGAAGUGACAAAGGUAUUUUGGAGAAAGUGUCAUUAAAAACUGAUGUGGAUAGACUCUGGAUUGCAUAAGUACUCUUGAUAGUUUUAUGUAGCGUGGCAAAGCUGUGUUCUACUGGAAAGUAACGGUGAGGGAUCCAUAGAAAUUUAGUGCUGAAUCAUACAGAAAUCUUUGAAGUUUUGGAAUUUUAAAAUACACAUUCUCAGUUAGUUUAGAAUUUUCAGUUCCGUAAAGCUUAGAACUAGUUAGAGUAAUAUGUAACUUCUUUGUAACUUUAUGUAGCUUAGCAUAUUUCUUCUUCCUUUCCAGAGGACAAGUGAAGAAGAGUAUUUACUUGCUGUUAGGAACUGUGCAUUGAAAACAGUAUUUCUAUUCCCAAUUGCAUACAGCUAGUCUUAGCUGGGUUAACAUGUCUUGGCAAGUUUCUUGCUUCACACACUUUAAUGCUCUAAUGGCAGAUUAGGAUGAUUCAACAGGAAAUUUGUGUCAGACUUCAAAGUCGGGUGAAACGUUGGUGGUAAUGGGAUCUUAUGAAAUGACCUCACAGUGUGUCAAAAGGAGAAGAGGGCAUUAGUGCCUAGUUACAGCCUCACCAGUGUCAUGGACUGGAAAGUCUAAUAACUGUGGGGGAAAAAAACAAUUGAACUAAAUCAUGAACAGAUGGUUUUAAACUAAAUCUGUAAUGAGCAGUAAGAUUCUUGGAGAAAGGUGUAUUUCAGUGUCAGACUUUAUUUGUGUAUCUUGCAGACUUAUAUUGUAUUUAUUAUGUAGAAAGAUGGCUUAAGUGCAUCUCUUACCCAAGCUAUUGUCUCUGAAGGUGACGUUAAUUCUCAAGUCAUUCCAGUCUCCCUUAAAAGCCUCAUGUGAGGAGGAGGGGGAAGGGAUAAUUGCUUGUGUGCUUUCGGUAACCACAGAAGACUUAGAAGGAUUUUGGAGAAAAAUAUGUAUUCAGUCCUUGUGGAUGCAGGUCAUUCUCGAGAGGAUUUUUUUCAUGCUGGUUGUUAAGUGUGCUUUAAUGAUACUUUUCAAGGAUACCCGAUUUUAGUCAAAGUAGCACUUUAUAUAAGGAAUAUUUAAAUAUAUUUGGAAAGACAUUUUGCAGCUUUCCUAACAUCAGAAUUGUAAGUUGAACCACACUUUCUCCUGUCACCUCUUGUUCUCUACAUUCAGCUAACAGGAAUGAGGGCAGUUGUGAAGUAAAAGAGAGUGCAGUUCUGUUUGUGUUUUCAUCAUUCCAUUCAAGCAUGACUGAGAUGAAUUAAAAAGCUUUAAUUUUGCUAAACUAUUUCAGAUCACUUUUGUUUUGUGAUUCAGAUAGCCCAGAUUAUUUGUUUAAACAUCUUUUUCUGUUUUUUUAAAUUAUCUAAAGAACAACUGGCUUUUUCAAUUAAUUUAAAAAAAAAAAAGGGGAAAUCUGUACCUUACCAUGGACCUUCCUCUGGCUUACUCAGGGCUGACUAUUAGUUGUGACAUGAAGUUCCACAUUAAAAUUUGUUCACAGAAGAUAAGUGUUUGAUUUCCCAGUGGCUCUGUAGUUCUGCGUUGCUUCUUACUCAGCAUCUGAACAAGGCCUGUAUAGAAAAAGGGAAAGAGCCCUUCAACGGGCUUAAAAAUUGUCUAUGAACGCAAUUAUUGGUCUGCACAGUGUGGCAAACUUGCAGUUUUUAACUAAAUGGAGCUGUAGCAGUUAUGCCAAACCAUGAAUCAUUCUAUAACCAGCUUAAAUAAUUGACUCUUAGUAGUCAUUGCAGACACGAUUGUAUUUUCCUUUGUCCCUUUUGUAUAAAGCUGUGUGAAUACAAGGCUCUUCACCUACCUCUUGUAUUAGUAUUCCUUCUUUUCUGUUUGCUUUCCAAGAUGUCAUGGAGUAAUGUGAUGAACGUGUCUGACUGUGCCAGCUGUGCACACUUAUCGGAACCUUUUAAUUAGGAAAAAGUAAAUGCUGAAUGCAAUAAAUAUUUUUGAAAGAG